AUGUCAAGUGCUAACAUCUUGAUGACCAUCAAAGAUGAGCAAGCUGUUAAGUGGUCUCAACCCCUAAAACCUAACUCGAGAAAUCAAGAACAAUACUGUCAUUUUCAUCGAAGUCGUGACCAUACUACUGAGGCAUGUAAGCUCCUUAAGGAUGAAAUUGAAAGGUUGAUCCAACAGGGAUAUCUUGGUCGAUUUAUACAAAACAAACUUGAUGGUAGUGAUAAUGCUCAUACUGGGGGGCAACAAACACAAAGGCAACAACAUGGGAGUCACCUAGUCGUGGGUGAAAUUCAAACAAUUGCAGGAGGCUCAUUGCUGAAUGAUCAAGUCUUUUUCAUUAUACCUGGUGAACCAAUGCAAAGGAAAUUGCGCCUCAAGUCUAAAACUUUUGUUGAUUCAGAUUUGGAAGGAGUUCAAGCCCCCCACCAAGAUCCUCUUGUCAUUAGUGCAGGAAUUGGCGAGCCCUGUUAUAAUGUAAAGAGGAUCUUGAUUGACAAUGGGAGCUCUGUCAAUGUCUUUUUCUAUUCAACUUUCCUCUGUUUGGGAUUGACAAGGGAAAGACUUCAACCUAAAUCUGGAUCAUUAUAUAGUUUUGAUAAUCAACCAGUGAGGAUCGAGGGAACAAUAAAUCUCCAUGUUGUCUUGGGAGAUUUUCCUCGACAAAUAACCAACUCAAUUCAGUUCAUCGUUAUCAAAUCAGAAUCAGCAUAUAAUGCCAAUUUUGGGAAACCGCUGCAAUCAAUCUUUGGCAUUGUGACUUCUGUAACACACUUGAAGCUCAAAUUUCCAACCUCACCAUGGAUCGGCGUCGUACGAGGAGAUCAACAGAUAACACAAUCAUGCUACGUCAGGCAAGCUCAGCCACACACAUUGAUGACACUUAACAUUGAAAACUUUGAUCUCCGAGAUGAAGAUAUAUCUCAAAGAGCUUCUCCCAUGGAAGACUUGGUUCAAAUCUCACUCUCUAACAAACAUCCCUCGAAAAACAGUGCAGCUUGGUUCCCUACUCUCCAAUGA